UUGGCAUAUUCUGUAUCUUAACAUAGGGAGUAACAAUUCUAUAAAAUCUAUAUCUAUAUUUAGUAAAAAAUUGAUCUUUUUUUGUUGUAUUAAUCUGUGAACACAAAACAAACGUUUAUUAUUUGAUACAUUGAUAUCGCUAUAUUUAACUUUUGAAUAAAGCAUACGCGUUUCGAAAACAAUUCGUCUAUAAGUUAGAGUAUUUGGUAAAAAUUAAACUAAAAACUCUUUAGGAUAAUAAAUCAUUGCAACAUAACCUUUAUGAUGUCAGUAAGUUACUAUUUUCAUAUGUGACAUUGCUAUGGACGAUGACUCUAAAGACUUAAGAAAGAAUAAACCUCAACAAAAACUUUAUAAACCAGGUAGUGGACCUUUAAGAAGAUCGAAAUAUGGUUCGGAUGCCAGGAUGGAAUCUUAUGAUAUAGAUGAAGGCCUCAAGGGCAGGAAUAGAAGUCACUAUGGCUCUGUAAAUUCAGUGAAUGGUGAUACUGAAAUAUAUAAUAAAGAGCAAAUGGUUAGCAAUCGAUAUCGUAAACCAGAACAACAACUUUAUCAAGCCAGAUCAGGAGAUUCGUAUUAUGAAAACGAUAGACUGUCUAAGACACAAACACGCAGUGAUCAUUCUAGUCAGUACAAAAGACCAAUGACAAGCAAGCAGGAUAAUCACGGUGGUAAUGUAGGGUCAUAUACAAGUUCCAGAAAGGAUACGCAAUAUAAAGGUGGGGUGUCAAAUGAUAUAAACUUUAAUAGACAAGUUAACCAGGAAUCUAUAUCAAGAUCAUCUUCGCCUGCAAAGAGUGUCCAUGGUAUGAAUUCUCUGGAACGCAACAGGGAUAGUAGAAGUAUGGAAACAUGGGCAGGAAGAUAUAAGUCUAAUUCUGGAGGAAAACCUCCAUCAGGUCGGAGAAAUUCUGCAGGUUUUUCAGCAGAAAAUAUACGUCAUAAACAUGUAGUAAACUUAGAUAAUAUACCUCCAAGAUUUAGGAAAAAGUAUUUAGAACAAUCUGGUCAUCACAGCAUUGAAAGUAUUGACCAAUUCAAUAGAGGUCCACAUAAUGAUUUAUCCCAAUCUUCAUACAGUUCUGGUCAAAUUCAAGGUUCUUGUUGGUCUCAAACUUUGCCGUCUCGGGGCAGGGGCAGACUAAGAGACCAUGAGCACUUUGACAGAGAAAAGUUUAUUAAUUCUUACUUAAAGAACUAUGAUGUUCAUAAUUCUCAUCGAUCAACACCAAGCAGUUCGUAUAUAAACUUGUAUGAACCUCAUGAAAUGGAAAAUAGAAAUAUAUAUAAACAAAGUGAAAAUCAACCGCUACAUGAUGAGGGUUAUGAAAAUGGGUCCAAAAAUGGGAUAGAUAACUAUGUUAAUGAGACAGACAAAGAUGUGAGCAAACAUGAAAGUGAAAAUUCAAAGGACAGUGAAACAUUUCCGACAAGUCUCUCUGAUAUGACAAACUUGGAUUGGACUGAAGAGGUUGAAAAGAAUAUAAAAUUAGAUGAAAUCUCAGAAACAUCUACAAGUUUUUCUCAAAGUGUGAAGCCUUUACAGGAAGUUAAAGCUUCUGAAUCUAAAGACCCUAAAAGGAGAUCUCGCAGACGAGAUAGAAGAAGCAGCAGUAGGGGACAUAAGAAUCCAGAAAAGAAGGAUCGUAAUAGAAAAGACAGUAAUGUAAGCAUACAAAAUGAACCAGAACGAAACCGCAAAGACAGCAAUGCUAGUAUUCAGUAUGAUAUGAAUCUUUCUGGACUCAAACACCGAGAAAGAGAGAGAAGAGACAGCCAUCGGAGUAACCGUUCAUCAACUAUUGGAAAUAGCCGAGAUGAUCUAGACAGAUGGAGGUCUUUGCGAUCAUAUAGUCGAGAACAAAGCACUGAACGGAGAAUAGUGUCACAGUGCAACAGCAGAGAUACAUCAGUGAAUAGAGCUUUAAGUCCACGAGACAACGAAGGAUUUAGAGUUCCGUCAAUGGCACCUAAGAGUGGAAAUUGGUCUUCAACAAAUCAGAAGAGGAACGAGAGUUCUUGGGCGAGCGGUCGCCAAACGAGCGCGGAGAGGAGGCGUCACUCUCCCGCGCCAAGCGUAGCAAGCAUCGAGCCGGCCGGCGAGAGUGUAGACACGGGCUCCUCGGCCGCCGGCAGCGCGCGCCGGUCCCGCAAGCGCGCCGGCCGCAGGCGCGGGAGGAACGCCGAGAAUGUGCAGCCGUCACCACAUCCGCCGGGCUCUACGCCCGCACCGACCAAUGUCAACUGGCGCGAGGAAAUCCUCGAAGCGAAAAAGCAUCAACCUCCCGAACGGUUACAAGAGAACUCUCAUCAGCGGAAUCGAUUAAAUAGUGUUUUAUCAGACAAAUCAGUCAGUGAUGUUUCCUCAUCACAACCAGGACUUUUAGUGUUGCCACAGGGCUCUUCCACACACUCGCAUAAAGAUCAAGUGCGUGGUGGUAUGAAUGGACACCAGAAAACACUAUAUGACCAUCACAACCCUUCAAAACCUAUUAUUGUGCAAACUAAUUCAACAAAACCUGACAUGAGAAUGGACAGAGCUGAGCGUCGUGGUUCAGGUAUGAAGGAGUCGUCUCGCAACGGGCUGGGCUACGAGGUGUGCGAGGCGGGCGAGGCGGGCGAGGCGGCGCGCGCGGCGCGGCACGUGGCGCUGCUGCAGCAGGUGGAGCGCGCGGACGCGAUACUCAAGACGCACACGGUGCGCGGCCCGCUCGCGCUCGCCGCCAACUGGCAGGACGUGACCGAGACUAGAAAGUUCUUACAAAGUGCUCUACAAAGACUGCUUAUGUCUGAUCUCAAAUUUUGCCAGGCUGAUAAUAUAGAGCAGCAAUUUUGGAAAAUUCUUUAUUAUCAUUUCAUUGAAACAUUGAGGAAAAGUAUAACACAAGUUACACCGGAACAAAAAGUUGAAAUAGUGAAGUUAAUAAACACAAUCAUAGAUGAGGGUGUUGUCUUUUUCGAGAAUCUCAUACAAAUGCUAGAGAAAACAUAUAAAUUCAAUACUGAAGAUUAUUUAAACGAGAAUCAUGCAUUACCACCGAAAGGCCUUGGCUAUGUUGGAUUAGCUAUGGUUUCAGUACAAAAACUGUAUGUAUUCCUUGGGGACUUGGCAAGAUAUAAAGAGCAAGUGAAUGAAACAAAUAAUUAUGCAAAAAGUAAAUUCUGGUAUACGAAGGCACAGCAAGUUAAUCCUAAAAAUGGUAGACCAUAUAAUCAGCUGGCUAUUUUAGCUAUAUAUGCUAGGCGAAAACUGGACGCAGUUUAUUAUUAUAUGAGAAGUUUAAUGUCAUCGAAUCCAUUUCAAUCUGCAAGAGAAAGUUUACUAUCACUUUUUGAAGAAAAUAGAAAAAAGUACGAGGCGGCGGAGCGCAAGCGGCGCGCGGCGGCGGAGAGCAAGGGCGCGGAGGGCGGGGGCGCGGGCGCGGGCGCGGGCGGGGGCGCGGAGGGCGCGGGCGAGGGCGGCGCGGCGCGGCGCGAGCUGUGGGUGCGCCCCGGCGCGUCGCGUCCGCACUCCACCCGCAUGAUGCAACACGACUUCGACGCCAUGACACCUGUCGAGUUGAAUAAAACCUUUAUAACCGCGUAUUUGCAUGUUCACGGAAAGUUAAUAACAAAAAUUGGGUAA